UCAAAAUACCGACCAAAUCUAGAUUAUCAGAUUCUAGUCUAAAUAAUCUUAGAUCUACCUUGAUCUAAAUAAGUCUAAUCGUGAACUAAGGCUUACUUAAAUUCUAUCUAUCUAUUGCUAUUUAUUUCAAUAUUUUAAACCUCGGUCAUAAGUCACAUAUAGUCUUGUAAAAUGCCACUGAAAGAGUACACCUAUUCUGAUAAGUUUGAAGUGACCAAUCAAGUCAAGAAUGAUUUUGAUGAGGCUGGCUAUAUCAUUGUGAGAGGUCUUCUUGACACAGAAGAGUUACUGAAAGUAAAACAAGCUCUUGAAGGCACUGAUGCAUUGUUAAAACAUUCAUUCCAGAUCAAUGACAGUGAAGGUCGCAAAAGUCGCUUGUGCUUGUGGAGUCAUCCAGGAAAUGAUGUCACUGGAAUGGUUGGUCGCUGUGAAAAAGUUGCAGGCACUUCUGAAAAAUUGUUAGGUGGUGAGGUCUACCAUUACCACACAAAACUCAUGAUGAAGGAACCAUUUACUGGUGGGGAGCAUGUAUGGCAUCAAGAUUAUGGUUACUGGUACAAGAAUGGCUGCCUGUACCCUGAUAUGUUGACUGUCUUCAUUGCUAUAGACAAAUGUUGGAAGGAGAAUGGAUGUUUACAGAUUCUAGAAGGCUCUCACAAGUGUGGUCGCAUUGAGCAUGUCAUGGUUGGGGGUCAGACUGGAGCCGACCUUGAGAGGGUUGACCAGUUGAAGAAAGUUUUGCCGCUAGAAUUUGUGGAGCUAGAACCUGGGGAUGCUCUAUUUUUUCACUCUAACUUGCUACACAACAGUGCUCCUAAUCAGAGCCCCUAUCGUCGAUGGGCUUUCCUUUGUGCCUAUAACAAGGCCAGCAACAAUCCAGUCUAUGAACAUCAUCACCCACAGUACACUCCCUUAAAGAAGGUGUCCAAUUCAGCAAUCAAAGAAUGCACUAAUAUUACAGACAUGUCUGAAAAAGACUUUAUGGACCCUAGCCAAGAUAAAACUAUUAUUGUCAACAAGGAAGUUAAGUGAUCUUACCACUCUCACUGCAGUGCUUAAUUUCUUUUUUAUAUUGUGUCAAUCAAAACAAAGAUUAUGGAGACUUAAACUGAUAAGUUAUACAUUUAUGCAGAAUGUUUCUUCCUAUAAUGACAACUUUUUACAGUGAUUGUACUAUAAAAAUAGGUUCAUUGUAACUGUAUUUGAUUUUAUUUAAUGCUUUUGAUUUUUCUUUGUACAAAUAUGUGAUAAUAUCUUUAAAGAACUUUAUUCCUUUAAAGCAAGCUCUUUUUUUGUUUGCUUGUAACACAAUGUGGAAUUAAUAUUUUUGUCCUUUUAUGAAUAUUGUACAAAAAAUGUGUUUGUAUAGUUUAUGAAAGUCGCAGCUACUUACAUUUCAUCCAGGAAUAAUGUGCCUAAUGUCCUGUGUAUUGACACACAAACUUCUUAUAUAGGUGUGACUUCCCAUGAAGAAAAGGAGUAAAAAAAACAACUUCUUGUGCUGUGCAGAAGAUUUAAGACUAAUUUGUUGAAUUUUUGAUGUCUUAGACUAAAUGUGUAAAAAAAAAAGGGCAAGGACAUGGGCUGAAGAAACUUCAAAAGAAAAUAAUUGUCUAAAGACAAAGGAAUUAGCUCUAGACAGACAAAUGAGUAGGUUAUAAAAAAAAGAUGCUUGUUAGAUGUUCAAGGUACUUUUAUUUUAAGUCAUUUAGUUAGUUCUUUCUAUAUAUUUUGAUUACAUUGCUUUUAAUCAUUGGAUUUUGAGCUAUGUCUUUAAUAGAUUAAAGUUCUUUUGUCUUCUUAAAAACUUGCAUCACAUUUCUGUGAGAAACAAAAAAGACACUGUGACACUCUUCUAGGAUGGAAAAUCACAAGCCACAUUACUUUAAUGACUGCUGAGAUUAAAAUACAAAUUUACAAUCUUCUCAUUAGAGAACAUUUUUGUGUUUGUCCACACUGCCUUCUGCUUUAACACUGUUUGUAUUCUCAGAGUGCUUUAACUAAAUUUCUACUUGUUAUAACUUUCCACAUAUUUGCUUUAUGUUGUCAUAUUGCUGCACAAAGAAAAACAUUUGUAUUUUUUAUUUUUUAGCUUUUUAUUUCAUAAGAGCAUGUGGCAAGUUUCUUAAAUCACAACAUAAUCAGAUUUCUCAUUUCCCUUUUUUAAUAAAUAUGUCAUUCUAUUUAAGAAAUAAAUACAGGUUAUACAAAAAAUAAUUUUUGUUUAACACAAUUGAUUUUAAUCAUGUUAUGGACAUUUAUUUGUAUAGUAUGGCUUCUUGUAGCAUGUUUUUUUUUACAAAAUAAACAUUGGUUUAUGCAUAAACUAUAUUAGUAAGUUUCCUUGAUUUUUAAUCUGAUAAAUGAAUAUAUUUAUUAAUGUGAACUUCUUUUUGAACGUAUGUCUGAUAAAACAUUUGUUCUAACAAUAUUAUGGCAUUUAUAAGAAAAAUAUUUUAUUAAUAUGUAUUCUAUUACAGUAUUUCAUAAUCUAUGCAUAAUCUAUGCAGGGAUUCAUUUACAUAUGGAUUUACAUCCUAAAUUGUGUUGUUUUGUUGUAAAUCCCAGUCUUUAUACUUUUACCUGUGGUUAAUGACAGUAUGCUCAUAGAAUUUGGUGAUUGUAGUUUGCAUUAGAAUAAUAAUGAUGAGGGGAUUUUCAACCUCAAAGCUAUCUGUAGGGGGAUUUUAAACUCAAAACCAUCCAGAGGAGUUUUAAACUUAAAGCCCUUGGGAGGAGGAGGUUUAAACUCAAAACCCUCCAUGGUGAGUGUGUAGUUUGCUUUUUUUUAUAUUGAAGAGAUGGUUUGUAGAUUCAAACCCUGCUGGUGGGGGUUUUUAAACUCAAAACCCUCUGGAUGGGGUUUUUAAACACAAAACCCUCUGGAUGGGGUUUUUAAACACAAAACACCUCCUUGCUACUCUCUUAGAAUAUGGUGACUGAUGUAUGCUUUAGUCUUAUAUUGAAGAAGGGGUUUUAUUGUAAAAAAAAAUUCUGAGGGGGUUUUAAAUUCUAAUUCCCCCUUUGGCUAUGCUCUUGGAAGUUGGGCAUUGUCUUUUGCAUCAUUAUUUUUUUGUCUUAUAGAAGUGGCUGCUUUCAACCACAAAACUCCCUGGAAGGGGAUUUUAAAAUAAAACCCCCUCUUUGCUGUACUGGGGCAAGGGAUGGUUUAAUAUUGAAAUCUCACCUAAAAUAAACAAAAUCAAAGCAAAAAUCAGUCACAAGGUUCCUAACCCCCCCCCCCCCCCUUCCUGUGGGGGGGAUUUCAUUUAGUACAUGGAGGCUUACAAAUGGUAGUUGUUAUUUGACAGUCAAAGAGAGAGACAGAGAGUAUAUUUUAAUGCCACUCUUCAAAAGACUUGGGGAAAUGGUACAUUUGUUGGUUCUUGUGUUAACUACACAAAUCAACACCACUUGCCUGUAGGUUUUAAAGGCAAUCUGAUUUUAAAUAUAAAUUAGCAUUUCCAUUUGGUAAUAUAUCUUGUGAGUUUUGGUUAAAAUAUUUUGAUUCAAGAUAAUAUUAUGGUGGUGUAUUUUUAAAUACAACAACUUACAUUUUCUAUUUGCAUAUUUGAAAAUUGUGUUUUGUUUUUCAUUUUAUAAAGAGAAUUUCUUGUAUUUUUUAUUUAUACACAAUAUUUAAUAAACUUGAUUGUAAGAAUUACAUUAACAUUAAUUGGA